ACCUCAACCUUAGCAACUUCACCUCAGCAACCUCCAUCACAACAACAUCAUCCAUCUUCGCUAUCUGCUGUAUUCAAAGACAUAGGCAUAUCAAGACAGUCAACAAGAUGACGGAAGCACCUACCAUCCCCCAAACACAGCCCGUGGCCCCCCACCUCAAAUCCCAGGAAUUAUCCUUCCCCCUCCCCAGAGCCCUGUAUACGACCGCACACGUCCAUCUGACCUUCCUGGAUACCUGCGCGACCGUCUUCCUGGCCAGUUCUACGCCGGGAGAUUCAGCGGGGUCGAUCAAGCCGAUGGGGAGCUUUAUCUACGCCAUGCCGGAUCGCACUUCCCCACGCUCCACCAUAUCGACAACAUUAUACACAUCGCCUGCGAGUGUGGAGUACACGACGCGGAUCGCAAAGAUCCUUGCCCGUCGAAUGGGGAAGCCUGUCUAUGUGGGCUGCAGCAUUGAUGCGACUGCGCUGAGUUUGACGGUUGAAGAGGAGAUGGAAGGGGUCAGAAAGAUUGUGGAGGUUGUUUUGAAAGAGUGGGAGAAGAGACAGAAUUAGUGAUUUCGAUUGCAUACGUUUGCAUGGGGGUGUUUGGUGUUAUUGAUUUCUUUGUGGCUAUGGUAGACAUGCAUCAGACUGCCCUAACUUUCCUUGGAUUUUGAAUGGCUUCAGUAACUAUCAGUCUAUAUAUUGCAUUUUAUAUUCACUAUACCUUCAUUCUGCUAUAUAACCCAAAACAUCCAUAUUCUUAUCCACACUCAACUAUCAGGGUGUCAAGAUUCUCAAGAAAUACAACAUAAAGCACGGUAUAUUAGAAAGGCACUGUCAAACCGACCACGUUGCUAUUUAAUCCAGACCCCCAUAGUUCCCGGCUGUACGUGGAGAGACGUU